CCGGCCCGCCCUCCGCCCCGCACCGGGCCAACCGAGCGCGGCUGCGCGGGGGCUGCUCCGCCCGCCCCGAGCGCCUGCGCACCCCGCAUCGCCCCGGGCUCCCUCUGCGUUCCCCGGAGCGGCCGAGGCGAAGGACCGGUGAUGUUUGCAUUUGAUACUCUGCGUCUUACAGACUCAAAGAGUGGACGCCUUUGAAGAUCAUGUGAAAACAAAGGUGCCCGUACCCCUUGGAGAGAGUAAUAAUGGGACCAGGCAUUCAAGAAUAUCCCUUAUUACUGCAUAAGGAGACACAGAAAAAGGAAAGCCGGAUCAAUGAAAACCACAAAGGAAUGGUAAAUUACAGCAAUGGAAAAAGCCAUCCAAGCACCAAAGGACUAAAUAAACCAAUUUCUCAUGCGAAAUCUCCUGGAAGAUUAGGCAAAAAUGUGUCAAGUCACAUUGAAAGGACUUCCUGUGACACUCAAGAUGGUAACCAACCAAGUAUUUUUAAGAAGGGAAGAAACCAGCCUGAUGACAAUACUCAAUCAAAAAAGAUCACAAGUGUUUGCACAUCACUGCACAGAGCACAAGGACCAAAGAGGAGUCUCCCAGAAAGAAGGCAGAAUGAAUCUUUUCUGCAAAGGAGCCCUCCUAGCAUAAAGGGCAGCACACAAAGUAGUUUCUGUAGGGUUAAAGAUGUCCCAAUGCAACAUUUUUAUUGCAGUAAAAAAGAACAGUUGGAAAAGAAUCAUGAAGAACAUAUUGCUGAAGCCAGUCCGUGCUCUUCUAAAUGGCAAGAAGCAUCUGUAAAUGAAAUGUUCCUUGAUUUUGAAUCAGUACAAAUUAUUAAAGAAGAUGCUGAGGAUGAUAGUGCCAGUGAUCUCUCUGAUUCGGAAAGGAUUCCCAUUCCCCCAUCUCCCUGCACGCCACCAGAACUCAUUCUCAGAGCUGAAGAAAUUGAUCCGGUUUGUUUGGAACAUGAUAUGGGUUUUAAGGAAUCAGAAUAUUACUACCCAGACUUCCUCCCACCCCCUUUCAACUCAUGGGACUUAAAGCAACUGGCUUUCUUUGUCAAUGUGGAGGGCAAAGCUGAAUUUCGACCAAAGCCUACAGGAUUUCUUGAGAAAUAUAUUGAUCGCCUUUUGCAGCUGGAAUGGCUGCAAAUGCAGACUGUACAGAACGAGAAAGGAAAAGCGGCCAAAGCCAGGCCACAGACUGCUCCUGGCUCCAUCCGUACCCUAAAAAGCCCUGGCAAAGCUAAAGCAUUGCUCAGCCCUUUGCCUAACAAGCAGAUAGUUCCCCAAGAAAGCGUUACAAAGCUGCCCAGAAGCUAUUCAGGUCACAGGGGAGAUUUGUACUGUGAAGAAAGUCGCCAGUUACAUUCUCAUCUGGGUCACUUGAAAUUUUCUGAGAGAAUGAGCUGUGCGCUGUCUUCUCAGAGACAAUCUGGUGAAGUCAGGAGUGAAAUGAAAAAAAAGCCUACUGCAAAGCAACAGCUUCUCAUUACACCGCCCUCUGAGAACAGUUCUAAAAUUCCAAGUGUUGGUAAUAUCAGACCCCCUAAGCAAACUCCAGCAUUUCAUGGCUCAGCUGCUCCUGUCAAAGGCUUAAAAGCGUAUGCAUGUACAAAUCCAAAGAAAAAUUGCAAUGCCAACAAUUAUGUUCCUUCUAAAAUUCCAACAGGGGACAGGAAAAUAACAAAUGGCACAAAGCAAACAACACGCAAAUUUAAGUGAAGAAAAAUUCUUUAAUAACUGUUGAUGCUUCUUGACUGCUAGAAAGUGUUUGGCCAAUGCAGAAGGGUAAUGUUUUCUUCAUAGGAAGAUCCUGAGAAAAUAUGUUCUUGAUGCAUGGUUCUAAGUCAGCACUGUUCAUUUCAAUACAUUUGAUCUUAAGCCAGCAAAGCCAGCAGGAAAUCUUAUCCCUGAAGGCAAGCGUCUUCCAUUGGUCUUUCCUCGAAAUUAUUUACAGUUGUUCAAUGAAGAUAACAACAGCAGAGUAUGAAAGUGUAGAGAAAUAUCUAAUGUCCUCUUUGCACCAUCUGAGGUCCGUUGAAGUUUGUGGUGUUUCUUAUGCUUACCUUGGUGUAUUUGAGAGGAGAGAAUCCAUGCUGGUUGUCCUGAACGGAUAUGCUAUUUUGUGAGACAGGUUUGAUAGUGGUGUUUUCUGAUGGGAUAGGGCUCGACUGUUUUUGUAAAGUAAUGGAGCAUGCUUAUCUAUGCAAAGUCAAACUGAUUCUUCAUAGAAGAUGAUGAAUUGGAUUUUUUUUAUAUGAAUUAGUUGGGAUUUUUUUUAAGAAGAAUGGAGAUAAUGUUCUGAAAUAUUUUAAUGCAGAAAGGGUUCUUUUUCAGGCAAAAAAUUAGCAGGGAGUGGGAAGCUGCAAUAGUGACAGAUUAAGAAAAUAGAAUGUGUAUUUUUAUACCCAGAAAUCUUCACUGUGUUUACAGACAGCUUUCCCUAAUGUUCGUUUUGUAAGCCUUGAUGCAUUUUGCCGUGUAGAGGAAAUGACCAAAUUUCAAAUUGCACAUGGGUAUUUAUGAAUAAUGCAAAUUUAUGUUGUUACUAGAGACUCUGUAGCCUAAUUUUCAGAACUGGUAGCCCCUCAAAACAUACCAACAGACUCUUAGGGAUUAAUUUAAAGGCUGUUGUAAGUUGGAGGAAAGAUAUAUUUUGUUAAAGAAGAUAUCUAUUUUUCAGUCACCCGAGAUGACUAUUAUUUAUCCCGUUGUCCAGUCUACUUCGGUUAGCUUGGCUGCUUGUUUCAAGGUUUAGCAAAGUAAGAUGGGGAAAUACCCUAUAGAGAAAUAGUACAACCAGGAUCAGGUCCUGCCCUCAGCCCCUCUGUUUUCUCUUGUGUCUGUGAGAUACAAGAGAAUAUGAAGGAGAGUUCAGUGAGUAUACAGUGUCUGUUUAGCUUUUACUAUUUCACAUCACUGACAGCAGCUGGGAAUACCGUCUUGUUAAGAUGAAAUUCUAGUGAAUGUUUAGUACUUUCCUUUUAAAACAACAUAACUGAGUACCAUUAACUUAAUCCUCAGCCACCAGUCGCAGGAAACUGUUAGUGAGAAGUGAGCUGAGCUCUGAUAGACAAGCGAGUCCUUCACAUUGUGACAGAAAAUGAAAAAGUAGCAAAUACUAAAGAGUAAAUUAUGUAUAUAGCUCAAUUGCACUUCUCUUGCUGGUCUCGUCUUGGUUUUAAGAUGCUCAGCUGUUUCUAUUCUUUCAUUGUGCCUACCAGAUCUUCUGCUUUGUAAAAUUUCAAAGCAUGGAUUUACAUGUAGUUUGAAUAUGUGAGAAUAUUAAUAAAUGUAGUAAUAAACUAGAGUAUUUUACAGUACAUAAAAUCAUUGCUCAGGAAUAGUCUAAGAAAUAUUUUUAGUGUUUUUUUCCUAGUCUACUGGAGACCAAAUGUGAAGUUUUAAAUUGAUAAAGAGAACAAAUGUAAUGUAAAGUAUUAUAUUUCCAUAUUCAGUAUUUAUGAGGUUACAGUUAAAAUGAAUUGUAGUUGCAUGUACAUUCAGCUCUAUGCAAUUAAAGUGGAACUUAAUCUGACAUGCUCAAAGGUCAAAUAAAUUGGUUGUGUCAGAGGUGUGGUGAAACUUAGAGGAUGGCAUUCAACACCAGCAACUGCAGACGACCAGCACAUUAUAUUGUUGCAGUUUCAUCCUUUUGUUUUGUUGCAGACUCAUCAUAUAUUUCAGCUUCUUUUUGGGUGAAGAGUUUUGCAUCCAGUGCUAGAACUUCAAGCUCUGGCCAAAUUCUACAGGCAUUCGCUAGUCGAGUUUUCCUGAUCCACUUUAACAGCAGCGAAAGUUAGUAGAACUGCUUUUGCCAAUAAGCACUGCUUUAGUGCAUGAUUUUAGUACACUGUUGUAGUGCACUAUCAAAAGCACCAAAACCCAACGUGAGCAGGAUCAAGUCAAUAAGCAGAAUAGCAUUUUUUUUUUAAACAAAUUCUGUUAGGUGCAGUAAUUAAUUUGGCAUGUUAUUAUAGCACUGAAUAUUAGUGUAUGCUAAAUUUUCCUCUGAAAUAUUGCUCUAUAUUGAUGCUUUCCUAGGUUCCAAGGAGGGCAUGUAGAUAUAGGCACAUUUUGCAUGGUUACUUCUUAAAGAAUAAAUAAAUAGUGUUUCAGUCAGCUUUGACCAGAGCAAGAGUGAUUGGCAUUGAGAAAUGUUUUUCCUCUCAGACCUUGGAAAAUCUCGUUUUAAUGUAGUGCUUGUGAUCUAAUGGAAGUGAACCUGAUGUUGGAGACUAAGAAGCUAAGCAGGAAGAGGUGGUGAUACUGCUUAAAAUAAGUCUGAAUACUUGUUCAUCAUUAAGCUCUGGCUGUGAUCUGGCCAAGAUUGUCUUGCACGAUAAUCACACAAGUCUUAAUUUUUGUUCAUUGAUCUGAAACUUAUCAAGAGUCUUCUGUGUUUGCCUCAACGACCAUUUCUCAGCAUGUGCAGACCUGCAAGGGUUAGAUUUUAUCCUGCAGCACUUUUCCUUCCGUUUUAACUUGAACCUGUUCUGGGCCUACAGAUAAAAAGAGCCUCUUUUGUGAAGAGGACUAUGGUUUGUGUUUCCUUCAUUUUGUAUUGACGGAUAUUGUCUUCAGAAGCAUUUCUGAAUAUAGCAGAAAAGUGUAUUUCAUUAAAUUUAUUCAGUUUCGAAUGAAAAAAUCCACAGCACAGUGUUUGUGUGGCUAUUGAUAUUUUUUCACUAUGUUUAGCAAUAUUUAUUUUUUCACUAUGUAUGCCUAGGCCUAGCGCUGGCAAUGGUUCUUGAAGAACAAGUUUACUGUGAUACGAGAUAUUUAAAUAGAGAGAUCAUUUUUUUUUUCCUAGAUAAUUUAAAGUUUUAAUGUUCUGCAGUACUACCUACAAAACAAAUCCACUCAGGUUGCAUUUUAAAUGAAUAGCCAGAUUCUACUUCAGUUAUACUAGUAUGAACUAGUAAUGCUGUUACGGUGUUUUUUAAUGUGUAACAUGAAGAGUUUUAAAACAAUAUUGUUUUGCUCGUGACAUGUUGCUUUUUUCCCCAUUACUUGCAUCUCUGCAGUGAAAUACUGCGAUCGGUUUAAGUUUUACACCCCUGCACGCCCCCCACCUGGUGGCAGCUCUCAGUGAUAGACAGCAGUUCCAGAGUUUGUGCAACUUGCCUGCAGCUCCUCAGGCUGUUAGCAGGACAGAUCCCAAGCUCCUGCAGUUAAUCAGGAUUUGUGCUCCUAAGAGUGGGUAUCGUUGUGUGAGCAAUGCGUACCGUUCUUGGAGAAGGGGCUCACCUACCUCUAGCGGAGGAGCCGUGCAAGAGAGAUUCCAGUCAAUCCCUCCUGCUAGUCCAGUAUCCUAAAUCAUGGGGUGGCCACUUUUUAAGGCUGGACUGUAUUUUUCUUUCCAAAUGAGAGAUGGUGUUUGCUGGUACAUAUUCAGGGUCAUCAGGGUAAUGCUGCUCAGAGAGGCAAAAAGGCUCAGCAGUGUUCUUUCUAAGAAAGUUGAGUUCAGAGUACACGGGUUGCCAGCAGCAGGGAGCUCUCUUCUCCCGCUGACGCCUGUCCCAGGAUGCUGCGAUGGUGGCUCCCAGGCUGUCACCUGUGUGCUGCCAGUGCCCUCUUUUUGCUGCUCCCCUUUGCACAGAUGAUGGCAGAGGAGGGUAAUGCUGCAGGGGGUGCUUAUAUUUAUUUCACUGGACUGAACUGUCUUGUUUGACUCCAGACUGCUUAAUUAUGCCAUAAUCCCAUUAUUGCUUCUGUCCUUUCUGUACUCCAUUUAUUGUUGUUUGAGGUAACUUUUAUCUUGUAUUUGCUAUUUAAAGGACCUUGUUAGAAGUUUGAGAUAUUUUGACAGUUAUUUCAGUCAGAUAUGACACCUUUUUUGGAGCUGAUAUUGUAGUUGAAAUCUCUACAGUAUGACAUUGCCUAUAUUGUACUUGUUUCUGCCUUAUUUUUAAGGUAUUGAGCCUUUGUUGCUUCCAUGGGCAUAAGUGGGUUUUCUUCUGAAAAAUAAUUAAAUAGACUACUCUAUCUGGAAAGACUGGAACUCGGUUGAGAAUUUGCAGCCCAGCUUUUGUUGUUAGUAAUCAUAUGUUCUUAUUUAUUUGAACUGUUGUGGAUAUUUUUGCUAGUAAUUUCAUUGGAAAGUGAUCUUGUAAUUCAAAGUUACUGUAUAUUUACUAUAUUAAAAGUGAGAUACUGCUCAUUUGUUA